AUGCUGGUUGCCCAUAACUGUAUAACUGUGACCUCCGACCAAUCCUCUGCCAACUUUAGUUGUCGGAUCGCCACCAGCAACUUCGACGAGGUCCAGGCUUUGACGCGUGAUCUUUGUGCUCCCAGAGACGUGUUAAGUUGCGGUGGGAGGAGUAUGGCUGAGCUUCCUGUCGUGGCGAUUUGCAGUCGUGACAAGAAGAGCGUGAUUGACUCCUCCUUCACUAGCACCUCAAUGACACCGACAUCAACCCAGGAUAUUGACAAAUUUCCGGCUAUAAUUGGACAGAAGCUGGAUGGGGGACGCUACGAGAUACUCAGAAAGCUUGGUGGCGGCGUCUAUUCCUCCACUUAUCUUGUGAAAGAUCCAGGGGCAGCAUUUCGUUCUGAAUACCUCGCCGCAAAGGUUCUCACCCUGAACGCGACAAAAUUGCAUCAUGACGGUGUAACAAAGGAGCUCGAAUUCCUAAAGAAAAUCGCUUCCUGUGAAGAUAUCAACUCGCUGCCUAUCCUGCGAGACAGCUUCGAGAUUGAAGGCCCGCGAGGCUCUCAUCUAUGCUUCGUGAUGGAUCUGCUUAGUACGCAUGUGUCGGCCUACCGUCGAAGUGCACCCAAGAAGGCCCUUCCCCCAUACGUCGUCAAAGAGAUCCUCGUCCAGGUCCUGGAAGCAUUGACACAGCUUCACGAACUUGAUAUAAUUCAUACCGACCUAAAACUCGACAACAUUCUUUUCGACUCGCUUACUACUGACGAGCACGUAGCUCAAUAUCUGGAAGCCAAUCCCGUAGUCGUCGACGGCGAGUACAAUCUGGACGGCUAA